CACCAUAUUUUAGCCAUAAAAACACACACAGAGCAUUCUUUUAGAAAGAAACAGACAAUCUGAUCUUCCAUUUGGUUUGUUUGUGCUUCUUUUGAGGUCUUUGAAUUCGGCGGUGCCCUUUCCUUUUUGCUUCUUUUUAUUGCCAUUUCUGUAGAAUUUGGUGGCGCAUUAAAGUCCAGACCUUUCGUUGAGUCCAGCUACUUCAUCUUCUUUUCUCUCUCUCAACGCGUUUAAGACCCAUUUCAAACAGCUCCUUCCUCUUCAAUCCUCUGUUUUCGCUCUGUUCUUGAUCUGUCAGAGAGAUUCAGAGACGCAUAGCUUAAACUACUUCUGUUUGUUUCUUUUGAAUUUUUGUUUGUGAAGACGAUCUGGGUUAUCUUCAAUCUUUCCACGAAAGAGACAUUUCGAACAAAGGUUUUUUGGGCUUUUUAAGAAACCAAAGACAAUGUUGCCGCAGAAACAAGCAGAGGAAGCCAUAGUUUCCAACUUGAACGAAACAGAGCAUGAAGGGAAAGAAGAAAGCAAUGAUUCUCAGGCCAUGUUCGGUGUCAAGAACCUCCUCUGGCAUGGCGGUUCUUCUUGGGAUGCUUGGUUCAGCUGCGCUUCUAAUCAAGUUGCGCAGGUUCUGUUAACUCUGCCGUACUCAUUUUCUCAGCUGGGAAUGCUUUCUGGGAUUCUGUUUCAGGUGUUCUAUGGAAUAAUGGGUAGCUGGACGGCUUAUUUAAUCAGUGUUCUUUACAUUGAAUAUCGAAGUAGGAAGGAGAAAGAGAACGUGAGCUUCAAGAAUCAUGUGAUUCAGUGGUUUGAAGUUCUUGAUGGCUUAUUGGGACCGUAUUGGAAAGCCAUUGGCCUUGCAUUUAACUGCACUUUCCUCUUGUUUGGAUCAGUCAUUCAACUUAUUGCUUGUGCAAGUAAUAUUUAUUACAUCAACGACCAUUUGGAUAAACGGACAUGGACUUACAUUUUUGGAGCUUGUUGUGCUACAACUGUUUUCAUUCCUUCUUUCCAUAACUACCGGAUUUGGUCGUUUUUGGGGCUUGGAAUGACCACUUACACCGCUUGGUAUAUGGCCAUUGCCGCUCUUGUCCACGGCCAGGUGGAGAAUGUCCAGCACUCUGGACCCAAGAGUUUGGUUCUGUACUUCACCGGCGCCACUAACAUUCUUUACACAUUCGGAGGCCAUGCCGUCACUGUUGAAGUUAUGCACGCGAUGUGGAAGCCGCAGAAAUUCAAGUACAUCUAUUUGAUGGCCACUCUGUACGUUUUCACUUUAACGAUUCCCUCAGCCACCGCCGUCUACUGGGCCUUCGGCGAUCAGCUUCUCAACCACUCCAACGCCUUCUCCCUCCUCCCCAAAUCCGGCUUCCGCGACGCCGCCGUCAUCCUCAUGUUGAUUCAUCAGUUUAUUACGUUUGGUUUCGCUUGUACGCCGUUGUACUUCGUUUGGGAGAAAGUAAUUGGAAUGCAUGAUACCAAAAGCAUUUGUUUAAGGGCUGUUGCGAGGUUACCAGUAGUGAUUCCUAUUUGGUUUUUGGCUAUCAUUUUCCCUUUCUUUGGGCCUAUAAACUCCGCCGUUGGCGCUUUGUUGGUGAGCUUUACAGUCUAUAUUAUCCCCGCCUUGGCUCAUAUGCUUACUUACAGAAAGGCCUCUGCUCGACAGAAUGCAGCGGAGAAGCCUCCGUUCUUCCUCCCGAGUUGGGUCGGAAUGUAUGCGUUGAACGCGUUCGUGGUGGCAUGGGUUUUGGUGGUUGGGUUCGGGUUCGGAGGAUGGGCUAGCAUGACCAACUUUGUUAGGCAAGUCGACACCUUCGGGCUCUUUGCGAAAUGCUACCAAUGCAAGGCUCCGCCAUCAGCUGCCCCUGUUGUUGCUGCUGCCCCUCAUCACUAAACCUCGUCCUCGUCCUCGUUUGUUCACUCCAUAUUUUGUAUCAUACCAAUGGGUGAAAAUCGAUAGCUUUUUGCCUAUGUCCCUCUCGAGUGUGUUAAAUUAAUGGCUCAAAUUUAGCUAAGUAAUACUUGUAGCUCAUUUAAUACUUUGUUUAAAGAAUCUUAUCUGGUUCAUUCUAAUUAAAUGGAGAAAGUUAUAAAUAUUGUAAGCUUGAUUAUUA